UGAGAUAAUACCGGCUUGGCUAGGUGGCAACUGGCACCGUCACUCGAGAAUAAUUUCGUGAUAAGCAAAUCAGUAACCAAAACAAUAUGCCCAAAAACAAGAAGAAAGCUGAAAGUUCUAGUGAUAGCGACGAGGGUCCAGUUGAUAGAAAUGUCCCACCAGAAAAGAAAGCCAAAAUGGGCUCAAGAACCACAGACAAAGAGCCAACCUGGGUGUUGGAGGGCAAGAAGCUCGUCAAAGUGAGGGAGUUCAAGGGAAAGAACUAUGUGGACAUUCGGGAGUUCUACGAGAAGAACGGAGACCUGUUACCGGGGAAGAAAGGAAUCAGUUUAACUCCGGAGCAGUGGAGGAAACUGCUGGCGUUGGCGGAGGAGGUCAAUGAGGUCCUCAGUAACUGUUAAUUGAACAAAUAUAAUAUAUGAUUGUGUUGCUAUUUGUAAGGAUUAUUAAAGGUUUGUUGAGCAAAUUA